AUGCCCACGCCGCCGAGGGGCGAUGCCGCCACGCCGGAGCGCGCAUGCCGCGGGGGCGACCGGGACGAGGCGCCGUGGGCGAAGCGGCAGAAGUUGGAUGAUUCGGCCGAGAGGAACUGGGGGGCCAAUCCGCUGGGCGAGGGCGCCGGAGCGGCGGCGUUCGGCCCCGGGGAGGCCACCGUGGCCUGCAAGGAGGAGCCGGAGGAUGAGCUGGAAGACGGAGACUUCUUGGGCGACCCCUUAUUCAACGAGCUCGCCGUGGCACUGGGCCUGAAGCAGGAGGCUGGCGAGGCGAGCGGUGCGGGGUCGGAGCGCGAGUCGACGCCCGCGUGCGGCGGCCAUCCGGCGCAUCCGUCCGAAGACCCGGCGCUGGUGGAGCUGGGCACGCUGAGGCUGCCCUUCAAGGUCUGCAAGGGCCAGUCAGUUGCGGGGAUAAGCGGGCAGGCGAUCCAAUAUGCGGACGCUUCAAGGGUCACCACAAAGAAGAGCAUGGUGGAGAAACAUGCUGGCAAGCUCACUGUCUGGCACAUGCCCGAUUUCUGCAGUGAUAAGCUAGAGCUACUCCCCAUCCCAUGCCCCCCACAGUGCCGCAUCGACUUGCCUGCGGAAGUGGCUGUGAGGGUGACGUUGAUGGACUUCGAUGGGCUGGCCCAGGCGCGCUCUUAUGGUGUGAGGGUGGCCUCCAGGACCACUGCCACCGAGGUGGCAUGGGCACUGCAGCAGCAGCACAGCAUAGAGCUGCGAGUUGAUCAGACCCUCUUGCUGUAUAGCUUGCAUGACCACAAGAUUGUGACACAUGGAUCGCAAGAGCUGAGAUUGGACUUGGUGCACAACAAAGAUUACCCAGGGGCAGGCCCUGGCUUCAUUGCCUACCGAGUGCCCGUGGGGAAUAAGCAGGCAUUCAUUGCAGUUCGUCAUGAGAAUGCCAAUGUGAAGAAAGAUCCCACAGCACUUGAACUUGAAGGGACAUACUUUGGCACUCCUUUGCUUCUUCCAGUGCAUAGGAGUGCUCUCCUUGGGGGUCAAAAGGCUCGUACGGACAUUCUAGCGGCCGUUCGCCUGGCCUUGUCAGCCUAUCACUUCUAUGGCUCGGUUACUGAGAUGGAGGAUGUACCAUUGGUUUUCAAGGGGCAUGCCAAUCCCCACCUGUUUCCAAAUGGCAAGGCCAUCGCCAAGGACAUUGAAGUGCCACUCUCCAACUGCCCAUACCUCAAGGCAGUGUUUGUGGAGGAGUCUACAGUAACAUGCUCAGUUGGGUAUGUCACAGUGCAAUGGGAUCCAAGGAGGCUUGGGGACAGCUUUGAUCUGGACCAGUUCAACUCCCCUGCCCUUGACAGCAGCGUGGCAACUGUGGAUGUUGAAGGUACCUAG